AUGGGCCAGUCUGCAUCUGUAUCUUCCAGAUCUGAACCUGGGAGGCGGCCACGAUCCUCCGCGGCGCGGCAGUCCUUCUCCGAUUGUGCGGCUACCAUGGGGCCUGAGGACGGCGAGCAAUCUUCGGUUACCUCCGAUUCGGAUCGAGUUGGAGAAGUGGGAAGGGAUAGCACGGUCGAUCUCCCUGAUGAAUGCUUGGCGAUGGUGUUCCAGUUUCUGGGACCUCCCGACCGGAGCAAUUGUUCGUUGGUUUGUAAGCGGUGGCUGGUGAUCGAGGGACAGAGCCGGCACCGGAUCUCUCUGGACGCGCGCGCCGUCCUGCUGGAGGCGAUUCCCCGGCUCUUCUCUCGUUUCGACGCGGUCACCAAGCUCGCCCUCAAGUGCGAGCGCCGCUCCGACAGCAUCGGCGACGAGGGGCUGGCGCUCAUUUCCGCUCGCUGCCCCAACCUCACACGCCUCAAGAUCCGCGCCUGUCGCGAGGUCUCCGAGGAGGGGAUGACUUCCCUCGCGAAGAACUGCCCCCGCCUCCGCAAACUCUCCUGCGGCUCCUGCACCUUCGGCUCCAGGGGCAUCAACGCGGUCCUCGCCCACUGCCCCCUGCUCGAGGAGCUCUCCAUUAAGCGACUCCGCGGCAUCACCGACGAGCCCGUCGGCGGCUCUGCCGUGUUUUCUUCCCUCAAGACCAUCUGCCUCAAGGAGCUCUACAACGGACACUGCUUCGGACCGCUCAUCUCUGCUUCCCCCAACCUGCGGACCCUCAAGCUCUUCCGCUGCUCCGGUGACUGGGACAAGCUGUUUGAGGAGCUGCCGGACCUCGUUCCGGGGCUGGUCGAGGUCCACCUCGAGAAGAUUAACAUCAGUGACCGUGGUCUCUACGCCCUCUCGUCUUGCAUCGAUCUGGAGGUCCUCCACCUGGUGAGGACGACCGAAUGCACAAACGCCGGGCUUGCAUUCGUCGCCGAGCGCUGCCGGCUGCUCCGCAAGAUCCAUAUCGAUGGGGGGAAGGCCAACCGGAUCGGCGACGAGGGCCUGGCUGCUGUUGCCCGGCGGUGCCCCAACCUGCAGGAGCUCGUCCUCAUCGGUGUCAACCCAACUGCUCAAAGUCUUGGCCUCAUCGCGGGCAACUGUCGUAACCUGGAACGCCUCGCUCUCUGCGGCAGCGAGACCAUUGGAGAUGCUGAGAUCUUCUGCAUUGCUGCCAAGUGUGUGGCCCUCAAGAAGCUCUGCAUCAAAGGGUGCCCAGUUUCCAACCAUGGCAUGGAGGCCCUGGCCGGGGGCUGCCCCAACCUUGUGAAGGUGAAGGUGAAGAAGUGCAAGGCUGUGACGGCCGAUGUUGCAGAAUGGUUGAAAACGAUCAGGGGUUCUCUUGCCGUCAACCUUGACAGCGGCACAACCCAGCGCCUCGAGCAGCUUGAUGCAAGCACCAGCGAGAGCGGUCUUCGGGAGAAUGCCCCAGAUCACGCCCAGCUUCUCGUCGAGCAGAUGUCCGGCAUGGAUCUGCCGUCAAGUAGUGGCGGCAGGUCAGCGAUGUCCAAAGCGAGGUGGCGGUUCAUCAGUGCGAGGAAUUUCAUGGCAUCCACUCUCCGACGGUUGUCCCAGAACGGGAGCAGCGCUCAGCAUCAUCCAUAG